AUGUUUUACACAUUCAAGCUAUUCUGUAGCUUACUUGUAGAGAAGUUACAGGUUCAGCCUUCCGUUGCACGUAGUGCAUCGCACGUGGAUCCCUCACCGCCCACGACUAUACAGACAAGAAUGAACGUGAUGGAAACGGUGCGCCAGGAUGGUCAUCAUCCCAACCCCGACGACCCCUGCGGUGAACACAACCACGCUAUGGUGUUCCACUCCUGCGUGUGCGCCGAGAUUUUGUUCAAGGGGUGGCAAACGACGAAUGCUGCUCAGCUUUUCGGUUCAGCAGUUGCUAUCUUCGUAGCAGCAGUGCUGUACGAGGGCUUUAAGUGCAUGCGUGAAGAGCUCGCUAAGAAACGCGCCGCUCUCGGAGACUCACAAUUAAACAUUGCGAAGAAUGAGGGUCACACUCUACAACAUACCUCUGUCAAACCAAGCAUGCUGAGCUGUGGGCACGCCAUCCAGACCCUGAUGCACAUGAUCCAGUCGACGCUCUCCUACGUGCUGAUGUUGAUCUUCAUGACGUAUAACGUGUGGCUGUGUUUGGCGCUUGUGCUCGGUCUUACGUUCGGCUACUUCCUGUUUGGCUGGCGGCGCACCGGCUCCGCAGACGACCGCAACGAGCACUGCCAGUGA